CAUUGGAAAUUUACGUCAAGGAUCUAUUUAGUACAUCAAGAUUCAAUAUAUCGAUACCAUAAAUAUACUUGAAAAACAAUCACUGCCUGUAUAUAAAGUAAACGCAAAAAAGUAUAUCAAUUCAGUUUGCGAUCCAUUAGUUUGUCAAUUAUGGUAGACAUUAAGCUAUUGGUGUGUUUCGCUCUGUUGGCCAUCGAGUGCGGACUGGCCCGGGAGGACGGGCUCGUACGGACACCACCCAUGGGUUGGCUCUCGUGGACCCGUUAUGGCUGCGAAACCGACUGCAAACGGUAUCCCAAGGGCUGUAUCAAUGAAGACCUUUAUAAAGCACAGGCGGAUGCGAUGGCCGCCGGAGGUUAUAAAGAGUUGGGCUAUAAUUACGUCAAUAUAGACGACUGUUGGAGCGAAAUGGAAAGGGAUGCUCAGCACCGACUCGUGCCACACAAACAGCGCUUUCCCAACGGCAUGAAAGCGCUGGCAGAUUAUGUCCACUCCAAGGGACUCAAGUUAGGCAUUUAUGGUGAUGUUGGGCCCAAGACUUGUGCAGGGUAUCCGUCCCAGAAUGGAGUGAAUGGAUCCAAUUAUUUCUCAAUCGACGCCAAAACGUUCGCCGAGUGGGGGAUCGACUCAUUCAAGUUUGACGGCUGUAAUGAAGAUCCGCAUCAUUUCGACGACUUGUACCCCAAAAUGGGUAAAGCGCUCAACGAAUCCGGUGGUCAUCCCGACAUCAAGAUCAAUUAUCAGGCCAUCGCCGACACGUGCCAUGUAUUCAGAAACUAUGGAGACGUCGCACAAAAUUGGGGGAGCAUUGAAUCAAUUAUCAAUUAUUACGGCGAUAACAACGACCUGUUCACCAAAUAUAACGGUCCCGGACAUUUCUUUGACCCAGAUAUGGUAGUUGUCGGCGACUACGGUAUGUCUCACGAGCAGAGCCGCACACAUAUGGCAAUGUGGGCCAUGUUUUCGGCGCCACUCUAUAUGUCCAACGAUUUGAGAGACAUUUCACCCGAAGACAAGAAAGUGUUGCAAAAUAAGGCCAUUAUUGCCGUAAAUCAGGACAAGAAUGGAUUUAUGGCCAAACGAAUCCAAAGAAAAGACAGCGAACAGGUUUGGACCAAACGGGUUGAGCCGCAAGUGAACGGCCAGUGGUCUUACGCUGUUGUCUAUUUUGACACAAACGGUAUCGGAGAGAAACAUUACAUGUCCCAAAAGGUAAAGACUUUGAUCCCGGAGGCGAAACCCGACACUGAAUACGUGGUCCACGACCUAUACCUCGAUGAGGGCAAAGAGAUUUUGAGUACACUUAAAGCCGCCGAUAAUCUCGAGUUAUUAGUGAAAACGGGCGGUUCCUGUCGUAUGGUUAAACUCGUACCCAAAUAAAUAAUCUUUACCAUAUUAUUUCAUUGUUCACUAAUUAAAAUAAAGUAUUUUAAUUGUAA